AUGCUUGAUAAAAUUUUAUACAACACUGUACUUUGUCAGACAUUUUCUCCAUGUGGUAAAUAUUUAGUUGCCGGCAAUAUUUACGGACAGCUAGCGGUAUUUGAUUUGGACUGCAUAUUAAACCCAAACACAGAAUUGUUGACUCCAGGCUAUAAUAGUCCUAAACACAUCCAUAAAAUUGAGUCGUCAAGCCAGAUCUGUAGUCUUGCAAGCACAGACAGGUUUUUAAUAGUAGGCAGUGUUAAUGAAAUCUAUGGAUGGACCUGGAAAGCCAUUCUGAAUUCAAAACUGAGUAAACCAUCAUGGACCAUAAAAAUUAAAUCAGAAUCAUUCAUAGAGCAGUGCGAUAUUAACUGUCUAUGGCUGUCUGAAGAUUCAGAGAAAUUGUAUGCUGGUUGUGGAGAUAACAAAGUAUAUGUUUUCAAUUUGGAGGAUGGCAGCUUAAUGCAAACAUUAGCUGGACAUGAAAAUUAUGUUCAUUGUAUUCAUGGACAUGACCGACAACUAAUUUCUGCUGGCGAAGAUGGUUUGGUUCUGCUAUGGGAUAUCCGAACUGGCAAAGCUCAAAAUGAAAUAGAACCUCACAAGAACAGCAAAGUCGCUAGGCCUGAUAUUGGCAAGUGGGUUGGUGCUGCUGCAUUAGGAGAUGAUUGGAUUGUAUGCGGUGGUGGUCCAAGACUCGCAUUGUGGCAUCUAAGAUCUCUUGAUGCUGUAACAGUAUUUGACAUCCCUGAUCAUGGGAUUCACAUAGCUUCCUUCCUCGACGAUUGUAUUCUUGCUGGUGGUACAGCCAAGCAUCUUUAUCAGCUAACUUACUCGGGAGACAUUAGAGUAGAACUACCAGUGUCGUCGACCACAGUCUACUCGGCUAUAGUAAGAACGAAUCCUAACAAAGUGUUAGCAAUUGCUGGUUCUAGUCCAGACAUAGAUUUAUGUACGACGUUUAAUUAUAGAGAUCAAGUGUUGCACUUUAGAUGA